AUGACCAUGAACUUUUUUGCCGACAAUGUUGACGGGUGGCGGCCAAGCGAACGUGUGCGGGCGGUCGGACAGAUGUUUAGAGGUGAAGCGGCGGCGGCCGCCGAGCCAGAUGUUUUAGUCCGGGCGCUCGCCACCUCCAAGGAAGACGAUGCGGUGGUCCAAAGUGGAGCGCUCUCGUUGCGAGCGGACCACGGUGUCGGGGUCCGGACCAAAGGAGUGAACGGUGCCCUGCGUGGAGCACCGCCGGGCAGAUUUGUCAACAAAGCGUUGAAGGCUGGAAUUGGCCAUUAUCCUGUCCCCAGUCCGCUAGGAGUCGGCGGGAAUCUGGGUACGGGCUUGCCGCUCGGGCUGGUGCCCGCAAACGGUCUGGUGCCCGCAAACGGUCUGGCUUUGGGGCACGCCGGCAAACGCGUUUACGGCGGCGGCCCUGUGCCAGGAUACGCUCCUUACGCCGGCAUGGGCUACCCCGCUGCCCGACCAGGUUACAUUGGUGGUGCGGGCAACUAUCUUGGAGGAAACCUGGCCCCAGGGGCUUACGGGCCAGGCCAGGGAGGAUACUUGGGAUCAGCUGGGAAACUUGGAGGUUUAGCUAACGGCGGCGCAGGAGGAUACGGGGGCGCUAUGGCGGGAAACGGCCUCGGUUACGGGAAUGGCUACGCCAACCCUUACGGAGCUGGUGGAGGAGGGGCGGCAGCUCAGGUCCCUUACGGCGCCGCUCCGGUGGCUCCCGCCAGACAUGAGGGAGACGGGGGUUACCCGUACGGCGCACAGACCAUCGGACUCAGCGGCGAUGGCGGUAAAGCCGCCGGCAAACACGGUCCAGCAUAUGGAGCGCCACAAACAGGUUACGUUCCGCAGCAGCUCGGUCCGAGUCACGAGGCCUUGGAGGCCAAAGCGGCCAAGUACGGCGCGGGAAUUGGACCGUUUGGUGGAUACAAAGGUUGA